GUUGCCCUAAUGCCCCAUUUUUCUUCCUCUUCCGGCACGCUUCUGGUUUCUCGGAAGCAAAGCGCCGUUUCUGCAUCUUCUUACGAUCUAGGGUUAGAAAAGCACUAUAAUUAAGGGAGGAUAUAAGGCCGGCGUUUGUUCUGCUGUUCUCAAAUCACACCGGUGCUGAAAGUGGACCAGAUCAAAGUCUCAGAAUUGUAUCAUUCUCUUCAACAAUCAUGGAAUCAGCUGCUUCUUAUCGAAAGCAACAUGACAUAACUGUAACUGGAGUUAACGUGCCUCAACCCUUCACUUCAUUUGAAGCUACUGGUUUUCCUUCAGAGAUUCUUAGGGAGGUGAUGCGUGCUGGAUUUUCUGCCCCGACACCAAUACAGGCACAAUCAUGGCCAAUUGCCCAACAAGGAUCUGAUGUGGUAGCUAUUGCAAAAACAGGGUCCGGGAAAACAUUGGGUUAUUUGAUUCCUGGAUUUACUCACAUAUUACAUCAACGUAACAAUCCGAAACCUGGUUCUAAAGUUGGUCCAACAGUAUUGGUGUUGUCACCAACAAGGGAGCUGGCAACCCAAAUUCAAGCUGAAGUAAUGAAGUUUGGAAAAGCAUCAAGGAUUACUUGCACGUGUUUGUAUGGAGGUGCACCUAAAGGCCCACAGUUGAGAGAUCUUGAAAGGGGUGUGGAUGUGGUGGUUGCCACUCCUGGUCGUUUGAACGACAUUCUAGCUAUGGGAAGGGUAAGUCUCCGUCAGGUUUCAUACCUGGUGUUGGACGAGGCCGACCGGAUGUUAGAUAUGGGGUUUGAACCUCAGAUAAAAAAGAUUGUGAAGGAAGUCCCAAACUCUAGGCAAACACUCAUGUACACUGCAACGUGGCCUAAAAUGGUGCGCAAAAUUGCUGCCGAACUACUGGUCACACCUGUCCAGAUUAACAUUGGCAAGGUUGAUGAGCUCGCUGCAAACAAGGCCAUCACUCAGCAUGUUGAAGUAGUUGCACCAACUGAUAAACACAAGAGGCUAGAGCAGAUAUUGAAAUCCCAACAGCCAGGGGCAAGGAUUAUUAUUUUCUGCGCAACAAAGCGGAUGUGCGACCAACUUACCCGCAACCUAACCCGCCAGUUUUCCGUUGCUGCUAUUCACGGAGACAAAUCUCAGGGGGAAAGGGACUACGUGUUGAAUCAGUUCCGAAUGGGACGGUCACCGGUGCUUGUAGCCACAGAUGUUGCUGCCCGCGGUUUGGAUGUUAAGGAUAUCCAAGUCGUGGUGAAUUUUGACUUUCCGAUGGGAAUAGAAGAUUACGUGCAUAGAAUUGGAAGAACGGGACGGGCAGGUGCCAGUGGCAUGGCCUUCACUUUCUUCAGUGACAGGGAUGCAAGACAUGCUUCGGAUCUUGUCAAGGUGUUGAGUGGAGCUAACCAAAUUGUCCCCGCUGAGAUUCAUAGUAUGGCAUUACAGGGUGGCGGCAAGGGGAUGUUCAACCCGAAAAGGCAAUGGGGCGCCAGCGCACGUGGAGGAGGCCGUUCUCGGGGCUAUGGUGGACGAGGUGGCGGAUCUGGCAGAGGUGGAGGAAAUUAUGGAGCAGCACGGCGGAGCAGAAGCCCUCCAAGAACUUUUGCGUGAUUUGUUAAGACAACAACGUGAGACAGCAGUACGGUUGCGCCUUUAUUUUCUCUCUAUACUCUGUUGUAUUCUUUGCCGUGUGAUGCCUUUGAACUUGUUUCACACUGCAGCUCGUUUUUUUUAAAAAAAAAUUGUUUUAAAUUGACAUUUUUUGGGUUUUGUUCUGUUGACAUUUCUGAGUAAUCUCACUCUCAUUUGGUAUUAAAGAUAUUUAAAUUAAAAUAGAGAGUAUGGCCCCUUAUACUAGGGGAAUUAGGGAUGUUACCUUGGUUUGGGGGCAAGGCACCAUUGACAUUG